AUGGUUGUCUGUGCAGCUCUGGGCUGUGACAUGUUCGACUGCGUCUUCCCCACCCGCACAGCCCGUUUCGGACAAGCGCUCGUACGUUGGGGGCAGGUAAAAACAUCCUAGCAACGUCAUUCGUUCCCACCCUCGUUUUGGUGGUUUUCUCUUGCCCUAUCUCUGAGCAUUGAUUAUUGAAGUUAAAUUGGGAUUACAGGUAAAGGUAAAGGAGUCUGAAAUGGUCGUUACCAGCCGGGCACAUCCCCAGGACAGGUUCGGAACACCUGAGAUCCGAGCCAGACACUUUUCGUUUGUUGAGUCGAGUGCUCUACCAAUUGAAUCGCGUACUCGUUUGGGUAGACCGUGGCUACUUGAGGCCUUGUACGGUUGCCGCCCUAAGUCGGCGAAUAAAAUCCUUCUACACUGACUGUGUUCGCAGAAGGUGCCCGCUGCUGGGGGGAAAUACUUGAUUUGUGAUGCUUGCUCUCCACACUCCAAGUCCGUCUUUCAGAAAGUUGUACGGUUGGUCAGGAGCACAAACCAUCAACUGCGCACUCCAUGCUUUUUGAGUGAGAUUCUUCGGCCGUAAGUCACGCUGAUCCUGAAGACAACACCGUUCGGGAUGUAAUGUCCUCCGAGUCACCAAGAUAGCGAGCUUCAAAUGUGUUGUAGGCCAACUUCGAGCGCUGCUCUGAUCCCACAGUCUUUGGUCGGUGUUGCUUGAAACUCCUUUGGCAGUUUACCGCCGACAGGCUUCGAUGCGAGGCCGUGAUUCGUGAUUCGGCCAACCUGAUAGGUAGUGCCGGCUAAGUCAGCAGUGAUUACUGCCCACAUGAGUGCAAGCAGGUUCAGCGGCUGAAUGUUGAACUCCAUUUAUCAAUCUUGCUGAUUAGGAUUCAAAUGUUAGGCCAUCUAGCCCCCCGGUUGGCACGCAUCUAAGUGCUGACGCCAUAUAAGGUGAAAAUUUCUGCUCCAAUGGUUGUUUGCCGCGUUUCAGCCUCGUUUUCUGUGACGUCACUUUCUAAGAAUAAGGUGGUUCAAUCGUUGGAACAAGUAUUUUACUAACCCCACGCUCCGGACUCACUCUCAAACUCAUCGGCAAAAGAUAGCAACAGACGAUCACUUCUUGAGUGCUUUAAAGAGCGCGUUUUUACGUCCUUCUCCCUACAGGUAAACCUGCGACUGAAUUCUUAUAGCUGCGACUUCCGACCAAUCGACGAGGAGUGCCCCUGCCCCGCCUGUGCAAACGGCGACGGCAGUGGCGUCUCGCGAGCCUGGCUACACGCCGCUCUCGGUGCUCGCCAAUCCAACGCUGCCUCCUACGUAACUCUUCACAAUCUCACCUACCUAUUCGGUCUCAUGAAGUCCUUGCGUGAGGCCAUCAAGGAGGACCGUCUGCCUCAGUUUAUCCGUAAUUUCUUCCAACUCCGUUGCCGACCCCCGGUUAGCUCCGGAGACCAGUCGGAGAACAACGCAGUUGAGUAUGAGUUCGAUUCCCCGCCAGCCUGGUGUGUGGACGCUCUGCGGAAGGUCAAUAUUGAGCUGUAG